UCUAGUCUUUCCUUACAUUAGUUCGAGUGUGAAAACAAGGGACACUCGACAUCAACACAAGAGGCCAACGCUUUUUUUUAUACUGAGUAAAAACGAUAUACAAAAAGACAGUCAUUCAGAACAGAUCCAUGACAUGAGUCCGACUUUACCUGGAUCACCUCAUCCCUAUUUCGACGAAAAAGCAGCAGAAAGAGAAGCCCGGAUCAAGAGUUUGUUUGAGUCCUUGGACCUUAAAGGACGAGGUUAUUUAGACGCUGAAGCCAUUCUCGGAGGCUUUCUAAAAUUGACACACUUGCCUGCUCACACGCGCUAUGCAACUGACUUACUGGCCAAGUGCAAUACAGCACAUGACGGUAUGAUAGACUAUCAAGAAUUUAGAACAUAUGUAUUAGAAAAGGAAAAGGAGCUUUGGCAGUUAUUUUCAGAAAUCAACAAAUCAGGGGAUUAUCGAAUUCAUCCAGCAGAACUCGAAAUUGCUUUGAAAAAUGCAGGCAUUCAUGUCACUAAUGAAGAUAUCAAGAACUUUAUGCAAGUGAUUGAUACUGAAGGCAAUGGCUACAUUGAUUUUCAAGACUGGCGAGACUUUUUACUUCUUUUGCCCCGUGAAACAACGAUCAUAGAAAUCUACCAAUACUAUCAAACAUCUACUCAAUUAACGCACGAAGCAGAAGUAGUUAUCCCUCAUACAGACGAAACAGCCCACAAUGCCUAUAAGUAUUUAGCAGCUGGUGGAAUUGCAGGCGCAAUUUCAAGAACAUGUACGGCUCCAUUUGAUAGACUAAAAGUAUACCUUAUUACACAAACCUCAUACACAACUGCUCCUCCUAUCUCGGCAAAGAAUCAGUCUGCUAUCUUGACAGGCUUAAAGACCAUUUAUCAACAAGGUGGUGGAUUACGUGCUUUUUUUGUAGGCAACGGCCUUAAUGUGAUCAAGAUUGUGCCUGAAUCAGCCAUCAAAUUCUAUGUGUUUGAGACAGCCAAGUCUGUAUUGGCUGAAUUGACUCACUCUGAAGACAAGAAUGCUAUCCCUGUUGGUGCACGGUUUGUAGCUGGUGGUAUAGCUGGCUUAUGUGCUCAGUUCUGUAUCUAUCCUGUCGAGACUUUGAAAACACGUAUCAUGUCUUCUUCUGGUAUUCAACAACAACGACAACAACAACAACAAGAGAAAGCAAGGCAAAAGAAUUUGAUUUUUCACACCGCAAAAAACAUGUAUAGAACUGCAGGUGUAAGAGGGUUUUGGCCAGGCUUAACUGUGAGUCUGAUGGGUGUGUUUCCAUAUCAAGCACUUGAUAUGGGUAUUUACGAGACUUUGAAGGUGACUUAUCUUCAGUACAUGAAUUCACAAAAAGAUGAUGAGGGUAAAAGUAAGCCUCCUAAUGUUCUGAUCCUGUGGGCUUGUGGUAUGGUAAGUGGCUCCAUUGGUGCCACAAGUGUAUAUCCGUUAAAUAUGAUUAGAACAAGACUUCAAGCGCAAGGCACACCAGCACAUCCAUAUAAAUAUACCUCUGCUUGGGAUGCAGCAAAAAAGACUUACACAGCUGAUGGUGUAAGAGGAUUUUAUAAAGGUCUUGGACCUACAUUAUUUAAAGUAGUACCCUCAGUGAGUAUAAGUUAUGCAGUAUAUGAGUUUAGUAAAAGAUCUCUUGGUAUUUCUUAAUAUUGUAAAUAAACACAAUUUAAAUUAAACACAAC